AUAAAUUACGGUAAGAAAAAAAAAAGAGAGGAGAGAGAGAUGAUAAACACGCGAUUGAUCUUCUGACCAAUUCAAAACUUCCAUUCUUCGUCUCCGUUAAUUCGCACUCACGUUAUCCCCUUCGUCGCCGGAGGUCUUAUCUCCGUCGUCACUAGUCAGCCUGAACGAUUCUACUAGGUGUCGAAAAUUGUUGAACUGUGAAUCUGUGUGCCUCUGUUUUUCUGGUUAAUUUGAGCUCAUACUCUCUCUUGUUCCCCUGUGACUAGUGUGCUUAUUUCCUCGAGUUGACGAUGCUACAGUUGAGACUAACUGAGUGAUCACUGUCGAUCUACGAGAGGCAAGUAGUGCGUUAGAGCCUUAGAGGUCUCGAGUCGAUUGCAUGAGUUGUGUCAUGAAUUUGUAGUUAGUGCUAUGGAUUUGUUCAAUAUGGAGCCUUUAAAUAUCAGAUUCAAGUAGCUAUGGUGCCUUUAUAUAUCCUCUUUGAUUCCUAGGUUCGAGUAAAGAAAAGAUUUCUAGGCUGAUUAAUAAACCUGUCGAAGUUUUAGCUCGUUACUGAUUCUUGAUCAUAGAAGAUAAUAUGUGAGAUUUUUUUGUGGGUUAGGCUUGUUUUUUCUUACAUCAGUUUGGAUCUAGGUUUUAACUCUGUGUGUGCCUUUAGCCUGUUCAAUGUUAACCUGAUCUUGUUUUUGAUCUCUUAUGCUUCUUAUUGCAGACAAAAGAUAGAUUUCUCUGGUAUUAGUAGGCAUGACAUGUUGCAUUUGGUGCUAUAUGUCUAGGUGAUGAAAGCUAUAUGUGAUAUGUUUAUUGCUUCAAAAUGUUUUUCAUCAACCCCAGUUGAGAACUUUGAUAAAUCACCAACUUCUCUAGUGUCAGAUUCGACACUUCCUUUAGUUUCGCAAACGCUUAGGGAGGCUUCAACACCCGAGCAUCAGCCAGGUUGUACCACACGUAAUGGUUGGACAGUGAUUUCUAUGGCUAGUUGGGCGAUCAGGAGACUUCAAGACCGUCUUUUAGGGCCGAGUAGGACCGGCAUUUCCAGCAGCAUAAAUGAGAUAUGGCUACAGAUUUGUUAUAAAAUCUCAGAAAGUGAAUCGUCAGAAGUAGCAGAUGCACUCAGACAAGACUUUUGUUCCUUGAUACUAAUGACAUAUCGUAGAGGUUUUGAGCCUAUUGGUGAUAAAACUUAUACUAGUGAUGUCAACUGGGGUUGCAUGCUCAGAAGUGGCCAGAUGCUCUUUGCACAGGCAUUGCAAUUUCAAAGGCUGAGAAAGUCUUGGAGGAAAAAGGAAUCUAAGCCGCCUGAAGAGGAAUACUUAGAUAUCUUAGAACUUUUUGGUGAUUCUGAGGCUUCAGCAUUCUCGAUUCACAAUCUUAUACUAGCUGGAGAAUCUUAUGGCCUGGCUGCUGGCUCAUGGGUAGGACCAUAUGCUGUUUGUCGAUCAUGGGAAGCAUUAGUUCGGAAGAGAAGAGAACAAACUGGUGUUAAGAAUUCGUGUUCCAUGGCUAUUCAUAUCAUUUCUGGCAGCGAAGAUGAGGAGAGAGGUGGAGCUCCAAUUCUCUGUAUAGAAGAUGUCACCAAAACUUGUUUGGAAUAUUCAGAAGGAGAAACUGAGUGGACGUCAGUUCUUCUCUUGGUCCCAUUGGUUAUUGGACUUGACAAAGUGAACCCAAGCCACUUUCACGUUCCCCCAAAGCCUGGGAAUUUGGGGCGGCAAACCAGGUGCAUCAUGCCAUCAACUUUACAUAGUUGGAGUUCAAGAAGAUACAGGUUUCUACUUGAUCCGCUCGAUGUUCAACAGGUAGCGACAGGCAACAAAGAAAGUCAAGAUGCUGACACCUCGCCUUACCAUUGCAAUACUGUACGUUAUGUUCCGUUGAACUCACUCGACCCGCCGCUAGCUCUUGGAUUCUAUUGCCGAAACAAAGUAUGCGAACAACGAUGCUAUCUGGAGACUCCAAUGGCGCUCUCCAUUGUUCAGGGUGACUCAAUCUCAGAGGACUGGUGACUGUGGAAUUGCAGAGUCCACCACUAUAACAUGUACAGAGACAUCUGGUGAGGAGCAUGAAGACGAGUGGCAAUUACUUUGACAAGUUACACUAAACCAUUCUUCUUCAUUUGUGCCUUUUCGUCCAGAAUAGUACAUUUUGCAUCUCUAGAUACCAUUCUUUUUUUACAAAAAUACCAAGAUUUCAUG